UCUUAUUUCUUUAUUAGUCAUGUUCCAGCCAUUCCUUGUAACCGUCAUUUACAAUAUGAAAAAAUAAACGGAACGUUCUAAAUUCAUUGAUUUGAAUCAAAAGUAUUCUAGUUCGAUGAACAGUUGAUUUUAAGCAACAUAAUUUAUUGAAACUGAUGAAACCGAAUGAACAGAAUUAGAAGGUUGCAAUCGAAAUGUUCGGAUUUCUGCUAUUAUUUUGUAAAUAAAAUUAAACACCGCCUUGCCUUUAAUUUUGUAUUAUCAUUUUGUGAAAUAAAAUUGUAACUUUUCUUUUCGAUUUAUUAUUUUUACUAAUAUCUUAUUACAAUAACUAUAGAAUGGCUGUGCUAAUAAAAGAUGUUGAGCUUACUGACAAGUUGCCUACUAAACUGGAUUUGAAUAAACAUAUUAAUUAUAUUUCUUGUUAUGGAAAAAAGAAAGAUGAUUAUGAAUACUGCAUGACUGAGUAUUUAAGAAUCAGUGGCAUUUAUUGGGGUUUGACUGCUCUAGAUUUAAUGGGGAAACUUGAAAAUCUGGACAAAAAUGAAGUUCUUGAUUUCUUAAAAGAGUGCCAGCAAGAAUGUGGUGGAUUCAGUUCAAGCAUUGGACACGAUCCACACAUACUCUACACACUUAGUGCUAUUCAGAUAUUAGCCAUGUAUGAUUCUCUUGAUAUAAUUGAUGUAAAUAAAGCAGUAAAUUUCAUCAAAAGUCUACAGCAAGAGGAUGGUAGCUUUAUUGGUGAUAAAUGGGGUGAAGUUGACACAAGAUUUACAUUUUGUUGUGUUGCAAGUUUAGCUUUGUUAAAUCGACUAAAUGAAAUAAAUAUUGAAAAAGCUGUUAGUUUUGUUCUUUCAUGCAUGAACUUUGAUGGAGGUUUUGGUUGUCGUCCAGGAUCUGAAACACAUGCUGGGCAGAUUUAUUGCUGUCUAGGUACUUUAUCUAUAGCCAAACAACUACAUCAUGUCAAUGCAGAUGCUUUAGGAUGGUGGCUCUGUGAGCGACAAUUGCCCUCAGGUGGUCUCAAUGGUAGACCAGAAAAAUUACCGGAUGUCUGUUACUCAUGGUGGGUUUUGUCAUCUUUAAAAAUUAUUGGAAGACUUCAUUGGAUUGAUAAAGAUAAGCUAGUACGUUUUAUAUUGGCUACACAAGAUGAAGAAACAGGAGGAUUUGCUGAUCGUCCAGGUGACAUGGUUGAUCCUUUCCACACUGUAUUUGGUCUAGCUGGUCUAUCACUGUUAGGUGAUGACAGGAUUAAUGAAGUAAAUCCUGUGUUUUGCAUGAGAGAGAGCGUAAUACAGAGAUUAGGAUUGCAGAUUCAAAUGUUAAAAAUGUAGAAAUUAUCAUUUGUUUGCUCCUUUAAUUGUAAUAUUUUUCUGUAAAAACUAUCACUUUUGUACUUAUAUGUAAUGUAAAUAAUAUACAAAAAUAAAGUCUAGCCAAAAGGUU